AUGUACCACGACUCAGUGGAUAAUCACGCACUCUGCAGUCUUCCUGUUUCUCCAUCGGAAGAGGCUAUGGAUUUGCAUUCCAGCAGUGAGGAGGUGAGAGGCGAAGAUGAUCCUCCCUCAAAGCUCGGCCCUCGCGCUGGCUCUGCCUCUGCCUCAGGAAUGCCUGGCAUCCUCGCAGCCCCUCUGAUGUCUGGUGUGUGUGCCAAGGAGAGAACAUCAGAAAGUGUGGUUGGAUUGCCACGGCAGGCUGGUGGAGUCCAGCCACCUCACGGAGGACCGGGGGGUGUGGCCUCAUCAGGGCCUAACGGGGCGGGGCCUGCCGGGUAUCUGGCCAAUCCACAGCAGGCGGCCAUGAUGAAGCAGAUGAUUGCUAUGGAGCAGGAAAAGAGGGUCCAGCUCCAUAUGAUGGAGCAGCAGAAAGCACAGCUUAUUAGAGAACAGAGACAGCAGCAGCAGCACAUGCUGGCAGAACAGUUACAACAGCAGCAGCAUCUCCCCAGACAGAUGAGUCAGGCACAGAGGAAUCCAUAUCCACUCCAGCAGUUUCAAGGCACGUCCCAGGAGAUGGCAGCAAGGAACCAGACGCUGCAGAACAUGCGGAACGCUCGACUUCUGCAGCAGCAGCAACAGAACCCGGGGAUACUGCAGAUGGCGCCCGUCCAGAACUCCGCCGCCAUGCCCUCGCAGGGUGACAUGAGCAUGGCAUACGGAGGCCAGGCCAGUUCACAGACUGCCAUGUACCAGGGUAUGAACCCAAACAUGGGCCAAAUGCUCCAGCAGCAACAGCAGCACCAUCCCAACCAGCCCGGUAUGGCGAUGGCACAAAGACAAGCGGGCGCCGGCGGGCAAGGAAUGGUCGGCGGAGGCCCGGGAGGCGGGUAUGGACAGGCGAUGCUAAUGAACCAGGCCAUCCCGCAGCAGCAGAUAAAAUCAGCCAGUGUCGCCCCUGGUGGGCAGGCGAUGGCCAAAGCCCAAGUUCAGAGACUGCAGAGCAUGAUGGGAGGCGGAGGCCCGACGUGGCCGCAGCAGCAAAAUAUUCAGGCCAUGGGCGGAAGGACUUCAAACGACAUGGUGGCGUUUAACAGUAACCCUGCGUACGCCAUGCAAGGUGGCCAGCCUCCUAGGAUAGCCAAGCAGCAUUUCGCACAAGCGAUGGGCGGACAGACUAUGGUGGACCCACGUUCAAUAAACCCAGCUGCAAUGGGUGGGCCGAUGAUGCCGCACAUGGCGGGGCAACCAAGGACCAACCAGCCGCGGGGGAUGGUAAUGCCAGGCAUGAACCAGGGAGUGCCCAACAUGGGCGCUUUUGGACAGGGCCCUGCUCAGGGCAUACCGGGAGCAUCGGGAGGGGGUGGGUCUUACAUGCCAGGGGGUCAGCCUCAGGGCUACCAGAGGACGUCCAAUCAGGACCUGGCAUACGGUUACGGCAGCCAAUCAGGGGCUGGGGCCGGGGUUUCGUUCGGCCUGUCGGAUGGGACAGAUUUGGAUUCAACGGAAGGUUGGAUGGAAGAGUUUUUCCCCAACCAAUAGCCUAAGGGAUUUUUUUAACAGAACAAUUUUAUGGAAAAUGUGAUUUUUUUUUUUUUUUUUUUUUUAACAUGGUCAACAAAUCUAAGAAAUAUAUUACAUGUUGUGUAAUACAUGUGUGUGCUGUCACAAUAUUUAAACCAAUUCCUCUCUGUUUGGGUUGCUUCUCCAGUAAGGUUCCGGUGUUCAGUUUUUAUUUUAUAGAAAUAACCCUUUUGGAUUUGAUCCAUUUAUGUCCUUGUCUUUUUUCUCUCUUAUGUCCUUUGUGCUGGACUAAGGGCAAGAGGCACUGAAAACCUGCAAAAUGACAUUGGGAAAGAUUUUAUGGAUGUUUUUAUGUAUUUAGUUCUCCCUUGUUCUGACAUCCUGUUCAUGUAUUAAAGAGUGUGUGGAAAUUUGA